AUGUCGCGAUCGCUGGCGCGCCGUAUCUACUCCGACGUCUUCGCCAAAUGGCCUAAGCAGGACCUCCGGCCGGACUACCAGUUCCAGGAUGUGCUGGCCAAGGUUGUCGACGAGCGAUUCAAGACGUACACUCCUUCUACCGAGUCCGAGGAGCUGCUAAAGGCCCGCGCGCUUCAAUUCUUGGUGCAAAAUAAGUUUAGAGAUAGGUACAAGCUCAAGGGUCCAAUGCUGGAGCCCAAGAGCCAGCCGACGUAUUUCGAGGAUCUGGUCAGGGAGAUUGAGGAGGCGCCCAAGAGGACAUGGCUGGAGAGGCUAGGCAAGAGAUUGUCUGGCAUGAUUAGACUGCAAUGA